AUAGAGAUCCAGUUAUUUGUCUACUACUAUACCAGCAACAUACUAUAAACCACCAUGGGAAACUGCAUAUUUGCUGGAAAGAAGUUAUUUAGUCAAUGCUACAAUCAUCUUGGACAAAGUCGGAAGUCUCCCGAGUUUGAUUGCUUAAUCGGCAAAGUGAGUAUUAUUUAUGACCAAUAAUUCAUACAACUUAUUUCUUAUUUCUAAGGAGAAAUACAGGAGUGUAAAACCAGUCAAAGAACCACGAAAUGUGAUCAAUGAGUAUAUGUCAUGGGCCCUGAGUCACAGUCAUUCACCUCUUGUCUUCGAUGAUGCUAUGUCUCAUUCAUCACUUUCUUCGCAUUUCGAUGAGUCAAAUAUACCAAUUUCUUCUAGUUGGAUUAGUGAUGGGGCCCGCAGUGAUACUUCUCAUAUAUUGUAUAAAGAAUUGGAUCCGUUAAACAAAACAACAUCUAUGGAAUUGGAUAAAGAAAACAAUGCAGUAUUCUAUAAAGAGGGAAGUUGGAUUACUGUUGCAGAACCUACGAACGGAAAAUAUGCAACUUCAUCUUCCAUCAGCCAUUAUGUUAUGCCUCAGAAUACUGAGCAAACAUCAGCACAUAUGUAUCGAGAUGAUAAACGUACUAUGAUACAUCCGCUUGUAGAAGAAGUUGAUGGAUUGGAACUUGCUCGGUUGGCUAGACGAUUAUGGGAUCAUAAAAAAACCAAACAUGGUAAAUCUGUUUGUCCCAAUGAAAAAGCUGGAAAUAAAUCCCAUUCAAAGUCGACACCUCUCGAACGUCCUAAUGUCUUAAGAUUGCACUCUACUCCACAGACUGUUUCACCAGCUGUGGAUAAGUCUACAGUGUCGAACGAUAUCGACUUUGAGUCACCCGAUAUGGAUUCGGCUUUUGAUUUAGCGUGGGAUCAUGAAAUGGACUUAAAUAUUUCCAAUGCUGAAGUGAGAAGACCGUAUGGUAAGCAUGUUCCACAAUGCAAUAUUUCAAGUGAGUUCAAUAGUGAAGCACACUGUAGUCAAUUUCUGGCUCGUAAUCGGAUGUUCGACUCAAAACAAAAAUCACCACCACCACCACUAAAAGCAACCGCUUCUAUGUGUAGUCAAACUCCAUCAGUCGCUAUUCUCCCGGUACGAAAUGAUCAUUUUCGUCCUGUUGCAGACAAUCGAUGGAUUUCAAGUGAUAGAUUGCCUGGGAAUGCGCGUAGUGCUGUAAAAAAACCUAUACCAUCAGAAACUGCUAUACCAUGCUCCAACUUAAUCUUAUCGCCUACAUAUAAUACUAGUAAUGUUGAUUUUGAAUACAAUGCUGCUGGUAAAGUUACGCCUAGACUUGGAUUUCCAGACAGUCUAUUUGAUUCUGGAUUUGUUGGUGGUGGCGGCGGUGGUGGCGGCGGCGGCGGUAGUAGCAGUAACAUGAUAAGCAGUUUUUCCGAUUUCGAUGAGAUUGAUGAAACUGUUAUUAUUGGUACAGAGAAGGUGAAACCGGUAGAAAAUCUAACCACCGACUUGUCUACCGAUCAGUCAAGUGAUUUUCUUUGGGAACAUGAAUUAUUCAUUCCGCAAGCAUGUUAUUAUUAUGAAGCGAAAGGUGUUCACUGUCCAACAACUGUAUAAUAAUACAACAAACUAUUAUUUUGUAACAACAACAACAACUACUACUACUAGAUUAGUUGCAAUUAUAUUGUUUAUUGUUUUAACAUAAAAUUGAAACAAUGAAAGAAAAAAACACACAACCAAACUUUGCGUCAAUGCAAACCGAGAGAAGAGGAGGAGGAGGAGUCAGUCACCCGAUUGAAAAUCGAUUAUUUAUCUAUUUAUUUACUUAUAUCAUCACUGGACACAUUCAUUCAAAAUAAUAAUUUAUCUUGUUUUUUUGCUUUGUUUUUGAUAUCAGUUGAUUGUUGUUGUUGUUGUUGUUGUUGUCAUUUUAUGAAAAUCAAUAUAAAGGUGUGAAAAGUGAACUGCUACUCUUUGUGUGUGUGUGUGUUGUCGUUGGUGGUGUUGAUUGAUUGAUUGAUGCGGAUUGUUUGCUUUUUAACUUCUUUCAUUUUCUUUUUUUUUCUUCUCAAAGAAAGAACAAAAAAGAAAUUGUUUCCUCAAACCGGUUAUUUUUUUGUUUUCUUUCUUUCUUUCUUUCUUUCUUUCGAUCGACCACCUUAGUAGUCACACAAAUCUUAAUCCGUUGUUCGAAUUCUCUCUUUCUGUCACAUCUUAGUUGUUUUGUUCCUUAUCUAAACUCAAUAUAUAUAUAUAUAUAUAUAU